UUAUAUUGGUUGAUCGGAGACGAGCUAUCUCUUACAUAUGGUGAUAUAAAUGUUUCAUAAAGAAACAAAACAAACUAUAAUGGGAAAGACCCGAAUGUCUUUCGUUACACUUUGUGAUCCACCAUAUCUCAAGUACUUGUGGUUGUGGACUAUUUUCAAAUGAAAUAAUCCUGACGAUCAUGUAUGAAGAAAAUCUAAAGAUCAUGCAUCAAAUUGACAAUCUAGAAGAUUGUUCACUAACUCACUCCCGACAACAAUCUUUCUAAAAGUUGUUCGUGAAAUUUGAGUUCAACGACUCAAUAAUCUGAAGUGAUGUGGUCAUGAGGGGGAGCAUAUACGCACUGCACUCUUUUUCCCAAUGGGUUUUCCUGGUAAGGUUUUUAAUGAGGCAGUAUGAUAUAGCGUAAUGCAAUCUAGUGGUCAUCCAAGGGGGAGUAUUAUGUAAAUAUUGAUGUAUGGAUGACCAAUGACCUACCACAUUAGAUGCUCACUUGGGAGUUACAUGUAACCCCUAUUUCUACAUUAUUAUCUCUCAUUCAUAUGCAUUGAUAUAAGGAUGUAGUGGUUACCAAAGUGUGCCUAUAAAUAUAGCACACCAUUGUAUCAAAAGUGAAGAAUGAAUAAGAAGAACUCUUCACCUCUCUUCUCUUGUGUCUUUUCCUCUAUAAUCUUCUCUUGUAGUUGUUUAUAUUUUCAUUAGUUUUAUAACAAAAGUAAAAUUAUUAGGAAUAUUUUAGGCAUAGGUGUCGCCCAAACUAAGGUUCGACCAUGGUUGAUGGUUUUAAAUGCAAAUUUUAACAGAAGGGCAUGUUUGAUCGUUUUUACAAAGUAUAGGGGCAUGUUUGAUAAAACUGCAUAGUAGAGGGACAUAUUAUACCUAUAACCCGUUAGUUUAAUAUUUUCAUAUAGGCUUUGGUUGUUCUUAAUGAAUUCAUGGACAUUAUGGGUUGCGUGGAUGUAUGAGUAUAAGUGUAGACAACGGGAUCUUUGGUAUUUGAGAGUGCAAAAUAGUAGCUCAUGGGCUUGGAGGAAACUUCUCAAACUGCGGGCUGUGAUUCCCCAUGGAUGCAAGAGCAUAAUGGCACUGUUUUUUGGGAUUCAAAGGCGAUGGAUGUUUACUCGGUUCGUCUGAGGAAUAGGGCUCCUAAAGUUUUGUGGUAUAAGCUUGUCUGGGACAGGAACUGUCCUCCCCGCUUCAGCUUGAUUGUCUGGCUUAUAAUGAGAAAAGCUAUCGUUACAAGAGACAAAUUGCUGAAGUGGGGUAAAACCAGGGAUGCAUCAUGCCCACUCUGUGGUUUGGCAGUCGAGAAUAGAGAUCAUCUCUUUGUUCAAUGCUUGUUUUCGCGUCGUCUAGCUGCUGCUAUGAAAUGCAACCUUCUGCUGCAUACGGACUGGGAUACCAUGGUGAACUCAAUGAUCAUAGUUGGCAAUACUCGAGCUGGAGAGUGGCAUGCUCUUGUUUGGUGUAUGUUGCUGACGUUUAUUUGGAAGGAAAGGUGUGGUGUGACUCACGGGUCGCCCUGUCGCACCCCUGAGCAGGUUGCAUAAUUGAUCAGAAUGGAUUUGCUAUUUAUUUCAUGUGUAAACAUAGGGGUCCGGGAUGCUUUAGCUGGGUUGGGAUACUUAUAGGCAUCUUUUCUGUUUGUUUGCUCCUAUAGUAUACAUAUUCUCAUAUAGAAGUGGGGACUAGUAUGUACCUCUCGAGAUUGUAGUCUCGACUCGUUAUAUCAGUUUCUUAUUGGAAUAAAAACAACUGAUUCAACGGGAAAAAAAUAUUUUCAUAUUGUUCCAACUUUAUCUUUUUGAUCAAUUUUUCAUUAAUUAAUUAAUAUACUGGCUUAUGCUAUCACUUAAAACGAUUGAUUGACUUAAAUUAAGUAUUGACAAUUAUGUUGGACGGUCAAAUUUAUUGACUAACGAUCGAUCUGUCCUGCCAUCACCUAAUUAGCAUAAACAAACUUUAAAAUUUCAAAAAAACCACAUGAUAUCCAUUUUCCGAUUUUCCCCCAAAAUUGAACAUAAGAAAAAAAAUUACUCAUUCUUCUUUGACGAAAUUUUAAGUUUGUUUAUGCUGUUUUUUUGUUUUUGUUUUUUUUCGUUAGUAACAGUUUUGACCGUCCAAUAUAACGGUUAACACUUGUUUGGGCCAAUCAGACAUUUUGGUGAUAGUAUAGAUCAUGAUAUUAAUUUGUGAAAAUAUUGACCAAGAUACUAAAGAAGAAGGUUAAAGUUCGGGCUAUAUAAAAAUAUUAUGUUAAACAUGAGUUGUUAAUAUAUGGUUAACCAUAUCCUUCUCCUCAUCUCAUUCUCUAUAAUUAUCAUCAAUAAGGAUUAUAUUGGUAAAGUAGUAGUUUAACGUUAAAAUUUCAUUGAUGCUAAAGUUAGGAUGAGUAAAAUUUAAAUAGGAGCAAUAUAAUUCUCAAUUCUUUGAAGCUGAUGUUUUGUGAUAGAGAUUUCUAGCAUCAUAUUGGAUGUUUUUUUGACGAGUGACUUUGCAGGGGUAUCCUAGUAUUAUAAAGGUAAAUCAACGCAGUGCAAUCGAUUUUGUUGGUCUAUUAGGUGAUGGUUCGAUCUUAUUUGCUUUUAGGAAAUUUUAUGAUGAUAUCUCGAAUGCGCUUAUUGUUGAUUUACUUCCUUACUGACACCGGCGGAUCUAGGGGGUGGCCACCCCAGGCCCCGACCCAGCCCUCCUCUGGAUCCGGUGUUAGUAUAGUCUUUAUGAAUUUUUCGAUUUUAGACAUUUGACCCCGUGUUAUUUUAUAAUAAGAUUGGAUAUAAUUA